AUGACUCAUCAUUCAUAUAUAAUUCUAACAAUGCUAUUACUAGUAUAUUCAAAGCAUUCAUCCUAAUUUGAAGAUUUAACAUUCCUUUAUAACACAGGUAAUAAAAUUUGCUAACAAAGGAAAUUUUAAGGCAAUCUAUGACUAAUUUUCUUCUAUAGCAACAUAGGAUACAACCUUCGAAAUAUUCAACCAAACUCUAACCAAUAUCUAUUAAAAUCAUGGAGAAAUAGUAUAUUCAACAAAUGCAACAAUUGAUUCUAUUUAGAAUUUCUAUUUGAUUUCUUUUAAAAAAUCAUUAGGAGUUGGAAUAAUGAAUUGGAUUUACAAUUCAAAUUAAAAGUUAAAUCACUUUCAUAUCAAUCCAUAUUCAUAAAAAUCAUUAGUCUAAUUUUUUGAGGAGAAUCCAACAAAAUUUUGGAUCACAAUGUAUUUAGAUGGCUAAUUGUUAGUAUCUACUUAACCAAAAAUUUAAGUUUAAAUACAAUCUUUUAAUAAAAUUUCAAUUCUUGUUGAAUAUUCAAGAUAGGUUUCAAUAAAUUUAAUUAAUCCUCUUAUGGAAAUUUAAUUGGAAAACUUAAAUUUAUUUUAUAUCAAAUAAUUUGAUUAUAAUCAUGCUAAAUUCUUAAAUAGUUUAGAUAAUAAACAAUAAAUUACUUUGUAAUAAAUAGCUGAAGGACUAAUAUAGUAUAAUUCUAAUUGUAUAGCAGAAUAUCUAUAAACUUUAUUAGGCAAAGAUUAAAUUGAUACAACAUUAAAAAACUUAAAUGUUUAAUAAACUAACUAAGUUUGGCAUGUUUCAUCUUAUUUAGCAUUUGCAAAUAUCUAAAAAUAAGAUUAUGAAGAGUAUAUAUAAAGAAUUGAAAAAUAAUCAUAAUUGUAAUUUAUUCAACUUUAAAAUGUCAUUCAUACUGAAUUAUUAUAAAAAACUUAAUAAUCAUAAAUGUGGUUAGAAACUGCUUACAUUGAUUUAUUAGACGGAAGAGUAGCAAGUAUUAUGAACAAAUAUUUUACUUAAUCUAAUUCUUAUGAUUAUGCUUUACUAUUAAAGGGAAUGUAAAAUGGUUAAUUUUAAUAUCUAUCAUCUUAAGCAUAUUAAAUAUUUUUAAACUUAAUGAAUAAAUUUAAUUUAAAUCCAAGAUUAAUUUAAGACACUGUGUAAAGAGGUCAACAAUAUGAUACUUUUGGAAGUAAAGAAAAUAUUAAUUCUUAUAUGAAUACUCUAUAUUUUGAUUCAACAAAAUCAGGAUCAUAAAAAUAAUUUGGAAUUUUAAUAUAGAAACUUGAUUAUGAAUAUGAAUUUAAAAUAUACUAAUCAGCUUUUAGUAUAUUUGUUUAAUUAUUAACUUCAAAUAAUUUAUAUUAUGUUGAAGUAGCUAAAAGAAUAAAUCAAUCAAAAAUAAUUUAAUGA